CAACUUUUUCGAUAUUUUUCUUCUUCAACUCUCAAUCUUGAUUCUCAGUUUUUACAUAAAAACAAGUGAAUAGCUACUUUCUUGUAUCCUAUAGGAUGUUUCCUCAAACACAUUACACACUAAUCGAAAGGAAAAGGUUAAAUAUGACAUGCCUAUAACAUUACAGACUCACAUGAUAAAAUUAGAAUUUCUUGUCAACCUUUACCCACGAAAAAACCCAACCCUCUCCUUCCUCUGCUGCAACCUUUACCCACGAAAAUAACAGACAACCAAAAUGGGCUCUCUGAUAGGCCACGUGGCGCCAGGCUUCGGCUUCCUCAUCAUUGGCCUAUGGCACCUCUUCAACCACACCAAGCUCCACGCCGUCAACCCCGCCGCCUACCGCUCCCGCCCCUGGUUCCCCUCCGCCGCCCUCCGCCACCUGGAGCUGUUCUUCAUCAUGGCCGGCUGCGCGGUCUCUGUCUCCAUGGAACUCUUCAUCGGCCCCAACCGUCACCAGCCCCUCGACCCCGACGGCUCCAUCCCCUCCUACCACCUCCGCAACUUCGAACACUCCUCCAUUUCCCUCGCCUUCUUUGUCUACGCCGCUGCCGCCCUCCUCCUCGAUCGCCUCCACCCCCCGCCCCCCGCAGCCUCCUCCGUCACGGAACUCCUAGGCGCCGCCGCCUUCGCCCAGCAGCUCCUCCUCUUCCGCCUCCACUCCACCGACCACAUGGGCGUCGAGGGCCAGUACCACAUGCUCCUCCAGAUGGUUGUCUCCGUCUCUGUCGCCACCACCGUCAUAGGAAUCUCCCUGCCGGAGAAUUUCCCGGUGGGAUUCGUGAGGUCCCUGAGCAUAAUCUUUCAGGGGAUUUGGUUCAUCGUGAUGGGAUUUGAGCUCUGGACGCCCGAAUUGGUGCCCAAAGGGUGUUUCAUACACGAGGAGGAGGGGCAUCAGGUGGUUCGUUGUACCAGCGGCGACGCCCUCGGGAGAGCGAAGUCGCUGGUCAACAUCCAGUUCAGCUGGUUCUUGAUCGGGAUGAUGGUUUUCGCGGUGGCUGUGUAUGUGGGCCUGGUAAGACUUUAUGGAGGCGCGGCAGAGUACCAGUCGCUGACGGCGGCGGCGGAAGAGAAGGAAGAGGAGUCGGAGGAGGACGUGGAGGCGCAGAAGAAGAGCUUUCUGCAGAUGGGAAAAGGGUUUUCUCGGAUCGACAUGGAAAGGUAGAAAGUGAUUAAUUAUUAGUUAGGUGUGUGUAUAUCAAAAUUGAAAAAAUAAAAAAGAUAAAUUAAUGAUCCGGGUAGAAUUUCCAGUGUUUUGAAUUCUACCAUGAAAGUGGGAUUAGGGUUUUCAAAGAUUAGUUAAAAUUGGUGAAGAAGAUGGUGUGAAAUUGUUUUGGCUUACAUUGGUGGCACUAAAUUAGAUUAUCUAUAGGUUGAGUUCAUCAUGCUUGUUAGGAUGUAUGGAAAAGAAAAGAAAGGAAAAGUAUUAGGAGGGAGAGUUCUUUAUUUAUUUAUAGUGUGUUGUAAUCAUGCUGCCACCAGUUACUUAGUAAAAAAUUCCAUUCUAUUCAA